AGGAAAAGAACGGGGAAGGGGAGCAGGAAUGGAAGGAAAUACGAGAAGGCCGGGUUGUGGUGGUGGUGGUGGUGGGUAUAGGGCUAGAAAGUGGGUAAUAAGAGGCCUGAAGGAAGGUGGUAAAUGAGGUAGGGGACGAAUGGUGCGGAGAAGGAGGAAAAGGAGGAAAAGGGGAGGUGGGAGAUGCCUUUUACCAAACGAAAGGGGGAAAUGGACUCCCGAGGAGGGGGACGAUGGGGCACCGGGUGAUAAUGAUAAGGUAGAGUCCCAAAAGGAUGUGGGGUACCUAGGAAAGGAGGAAGAGGGAGGGGACAUAAUCUCUUCUCCUCCCCCUCAUCCCGACUUGGCGCGGUGCUCCGCCUCUGCCUCCUCCACGGGGCGCUGUCCACACGUCCCGAUGCUGAAUCAAGCAGCAGCCAGGGAAACACUGUAGAACCUAGGAGGGGAAUGAAAGACAGAACCGCAUCCCGUCUGGUCCGCUCUAGCGAGGUUCAGUUCUGUCCUAACCCGGGUGCCUCUUAUCCAGAUGCUGCUGCUGCUACUGCAUCUCCUCCUUCCCUUGGGUUCUGAUGGGGCCCAGAACUCCAACACAACCUCCGAAGGCUGCCAAAUCAUACACCCACCAUGGGAAGGGGGGAUCCGCUACAGGGGCCUGACCCGAGAUCAGGUUCGGGCAAUCAACUUCCUGCCUGUUGACUAUGAAAUUGAGUAUGUAUGCCGGGGGGAUCGUGAGGUUGUGGGGCCCAAGGUUCGCAAGUGUCUCUCCAAUGGUUCUUGGACAGAUAUGGACAUGCCAAGCCGGUGUGUACGUACCUGUUCCAAGUCUUAUCUGACUCUGGAUAAUGGGACAGCUUUCCUCAGGGGCGGGAACCGUCCAGCCCUGGAUGGUGCCUGGGUGGAUUUCAGAUGCGACCCUGGUUUCCAUCUAGUGGGCAGUUCCCGAAGCAUCUGUGCCCGGGGACAGUGGGACACCCCGAAGCCCUCCUGCCAGGGUGAGGGGAAUAAGCACUUGGACACCCUCCCCUCCCAGAAACUCAGGCGUUCUGCUCUCCCAAGUGCUCGACUUGGACAGGUGUGGGGGGGUAAUGGGUAUCGGGCCAGGGAAAGCUGGGCAUCAGUGAUAACUCUUCUCUGCAUCCUCGUCUUUCCUGCUGCCAGUGAAGAGAACCACAUACACAGCGCCCCACCACGUCCUUUCCUCACCUUCUCUCACGUGCUCCCCGCCCUCACUCCUCUCCCCGCCUUCGCUGCCCCUCUCCCCUCUCAGCACGCAGCAGCUCCCAGCUCCCUUCUGGACCAGAGAGUUCUUCUUCCCUUUCCCGCCCCACAUCCUCCCUUUCAAUCGCCGCCCCUCGCGCCCCCUGCGGCCGCGCCGCCGCCCGUGACGUCAGAGCCCGCCCCCUCCCCGCCUCUUGCCCCCUCCUCCCCUCUCCCCAUAUCUCCCUCCUCCUUUCCUCGCUCAGUCAGUCGGCUAUAG